AUUGCUGCAACAUUCGGGGGUUUCUACAUCAAGUUUGCAAAACCGAAAUCAAGUAAUGUAUACGAACCUCUGAUUUUGUGUUAAUCGAAGUGUCACUCUCCUUUCUCCCUUUUUGUGGUUGAUUUAGAGUCCUCUGAAGGAAAUUCGGGUUGGGAGUGAGAAUGAUUUUGAGUGUGCUUUACAACUUUUUUUUUUUUUUUAAAGAGGGGUCUUGACUUCAUUCCUCCCCCUACUUUGUGCAGAAAGUAAGAAAAUGUCUUCGGAAGAUACAAUGAGUGUGGUAGGAAGUGAAGUAAUGCCUCUGGAGUAUGGGAGCAUGGACACGGAGAGUAGUCCGUCUCCAUCUAGUUCGGAGAGGACAGUGGAAGGGGUAAGAGGAGAUGAGAUGGUGGAGGUUGGGGGGGAUAGUGUACCCAUCACUAUGGUAGAAGUAGAGGGUAGGGGAGAAAGGGGUUACGAUGUAGGUGCAGAUAUAGUGGAAGAGGUGAAGCAGUACAAAUCUGAGCUCGGGACUAGAGAUAGCCUGGCCGGGCUCAGGUUUCCAAUCCCUGAGUUGCUAGUAGGUUUGCUGUUAGAUUAUAGUAUAGGGUUGACACAGUUAGUCCCCAACGCUAUGAGGGGGGGUAGUAGGAAGGAUAAGGGGUGGUAUUAUUUCACCCCUAGGGUAGCAAAUAGGGAGAGUAAGGCGUUGUUUACGACAGGAGGAGGAAGUGGGGAAGUUGGUGAGGAAGGGGGGGAUUUAUUAAACAUCAUGGACCUCACCAACGCAGAAAGCAUAGAAGCUGUUGAGCUCUAUGGGCCAAGCGCUUUAAGUGAAGUUGAAAUGUACAAAUUUUUGAACACUGCUGGAGGAGUGGCCAUCCCCAAGAAGCCAAGGAAGAAGUCAAAGACUUCAACCAAGCAAGUGGAUGAGGGGAGAGCUGGGAAGGAGGUAGUGCCCACUACUUCAGCUGAGGCGGAGGAGGAGUUGGAGGAGGGGGCUGAAGUACGAGCUCCCGGUAAGGGAAAGGGCCCUGUUCCCCCGUUGGCAUUUCAGAGCAGCCUGUUCAAGGUGAAGAACAUGACGGGGGCUAGGAGGUUCAUCAACACCACCUUCCCCGAAAUGGACAAAAGCAACGCACGGGACGAGGCUCUGAGGUAUUGUGGGGCUUCAGUAGUGAAGCAUGUUUUGGAGAGCACGAGCUGGGUGAAUGGUCUAGCCCAGGAGUUCAUGGAGAGUGUGAAGGAGCGCUCCCUUUUGCAGAGGCAGUGUGACCAGCUGCAAAAAGAGAAGGAGGAGGUGGAGAAGAAGAAUAAAGAACUGCAAGAGGCGCUGAAUGAAGUGGUUCCAACUGUGAAACAGCUGGAGCAGGAUAGGGCUUCCCUGAGCACCAAGCUCGUCUUUGAGGAAAGCAAACGAAGGAUCUCUGAAAGCGAGCGUGAGGCUCAAGCGAAGGAAAUAACGCUGAUGAAGGAUGCUUUCGUGGAGCUGAAGGAGAAUGUGCAGAUGUUCGUGCACAAUGGGAUGAAGGAGCACAUCAGCAACUUCAUCAGCUCCAGCUCGUUUGACAACAUCGUUAACUUGUACCGACUGCCAACUACCAUCAUUGCUUUCACGGACUGCAGAAAGAAGGUGAAGGCUGAAUAUCCCGAAGUGGAUAUUACAAAGAUCACCUUCGGCGAGCAAGAAGAAGGAGUGGAGGAGAACAGUGAGAGUAUGUCAGCAGACUUCCGUCCUCAGUUCAAACUGAGGUGGGAGCAUGAUGCAGACGGACGUGCUGUUUUCCCUCCAAAUUUCGACUUCGAGUUCAUUGUAGUGGAGGAAGAAGAGGCAGAGGUAGAGGAAGAUGAUGUGGAGGCAGGAGUGGAAGGGACUGAAGUGGGUGAGAGCCAAUUAGCUCCAGAAGUGGAGAUUUAUCUAGUUCCUUCUGACGAUGAGCAGCCUCCUCUGUCAGACGAGCAGCAGCCAACACAGCCACCUCUUCUAGCUGAGCAGGAGCCAGUCAAGCCACCUCCCCCAGCAGAGAAAUAAUUUUUGUUUUUUAAUUUUUGUAAAAACAUUUAAACAAUGUUUUGAAGGAAAGUUAAUCAUUUCAGAGGUGAAAUAAAAAGAAGUUAAUUAC